AUGUCUCGCGUUCGCACAAAGACAGUGAAGAAAUCCUCUCGCCAGGAGAUCGAGUGCUACUACUCGCGCAUGAUCCUGGACUUCCACACCAACAAGAAGAUCCUCGAGGAAGUCGCCAUCAUCCCCUCUAAACGCCUCCGCAACAAGAUUGCCGGAUUCUCCACCCACCUCAUGAAGCGAAUCCAGAAGGGCCCGGUUCGUGGCAUUUCCUUAAAGCUGCAGGAGGAUGAGUGCGAGCGCCGCAUGGACUUUGUCCCCGAGGAGUCCAUCAUCAAUAUCAAUGAGAUCUCUGUCGACAAGGAGACAUUCGACAUGCUCUCCGCUCUCGGUAUGGUUGACAUGCCUGGUGUCAAGCGGGUUGACCCGGAAGCUCAGACUCAGAAUCUCGGGUACAGGCGUGGUGCUCCCAGGAGGUACUAA